CUCCUCCUCCUCCUCCUGCUGUCACCAAUGCAAAGUUCUUCUGGCACGACUCUAUAAUCACUGCACUUCGCGACGUUACUUGAGGUGGACAGACUCGCCCAGUUAGAAUUCUCAUACCAUACACAUGGGAGUCAUGACGCGCGCCGAGUUACCCGCAGAACUCAUACUUCUGAUACAUGCGGCGGCAAGCGACAAGAAGGCUGCUGUCGAGCUCUUGUGCAUCAGCAAGGCAGCGCACCUCUGGGUGCUCCCGGUCUUACUCCGCACGGUGGUGCUCACCACACGACGCCAGGUCAAUGCCUUUGCGCGUGCACUCAGGUCGCCUCAGCGGACCGUGGCCGUAGACACGCCUUCCGACCAAAAGCUCGGCUCUUACGUGCAACACCUCUGGAUCGGCCCCAAUGACAGCUCGUCCGCGAAUCCCCUGCAAAGCUCCAUAGUCAGUGUCUGGCCCAUAGACAACAUACGCGCGAUUCUACCGCACUGCACAUCCCUAAAGGCACUCGCGGUCGCCAAUUUUCCUGAGGAGCUAUGGCCCCGCAUGGGCCCGCUCCUCCCCUUCUCACUCGAGUCCAUCCACCUAGGGAGCGUCUGCGCGUACAUGCAUUGGAAUUGGACGGAGAUGCCGUGUUACCCAACUCUACGGAGCAUCACGAGCAUGGAACUGGGCAGCGUCUGGUCGCUGCGCAUGUAUAAGGCUGUCGCGACGCUGCCCAACAUACGCACCCUCCGCCGAUUCUUUCCCCCGAUUCUGCGCAACACGCAUCGAACUGCCCUGCAACGCGCUGCGGCGCUCGAGCCUGCGGCGACUAUGGAGCGCAUGGAAAUCAUUCAGUGUAAAUUUCAUAUGUAUGAGGUGACACCAAUAUGCUUGGACCUUUCGAGCCGUUUUGUGUUUCUGACGGUAGACGACUGGUUGGAUCGUCUUUAUAGAUCCGAAAGGGCGAUGAAUGGUGAGCUUCACGAGUCUGACUGGCAUUGUUGAUCGUCACUCACAUGGGCAACCGUCAGUUGACUGACAGUCCAUCGAAGGGGCUUCGAGAGCGUUGGCGACGUUCACCCAGCGUUAGUAGCAUGGCAGCUCGGAGUGUCGAAACAAUGACUUGUCUUAUGGCGAGCAUAGUUAAUCUGUAUACCACGAUUUAACACCUCUGCGUUGCGUUUGCAAUCGUAAGGCCGAC